CACUAGCCCGCAUCGAGCUCGGUUAACAAACUGGGCCCCCACGCUGCCUCAGCGCACCUAUUUAUUGGUCUGAAGUAUUUUUCAGCCCCUGUGACUGCGUGAGCGGACACGCCAUCGACGCGAGCUACAGCCUGCAGCCUGCCAUAAAGCACCAUGGCACCACAGAUAUUUUUUAGAACAAAAGAGCAGCACGCGGCGGUCACGGAGCGGCUCCAGAUCAUGAAAGACGACCACGCGGAGUGCGAGUACAGCGCCGAGGCUUUGGAAGGUAAGGGCAAGACCGUAACUAAAUCUAUAGAAGCCGGUUUGGUCGUCCUACGCUACCGGAGGACGCCCAAGUCCGUCUUCGCGCUGCCGCGGGAGGACACGGUGCAAAUUGGAGAGCACGAGCACCUAAGGUGUCUCAAUUUACCGGGUCGGUUGCGACUCUGUGGUGCUGAUGCCACUCUGGAGGCAAGAAUCGUGUCUGAUGGGAUAGACUUUGUGGCGCGGCGCUCUUUGAAGGCGAACGAGGAGCUCACGUUCGAUUCCUGCACGACGGACUGGCGCGACUUCUCGGCGCUGCCUCGAGACGCGCAGAAAAAUAUGGAAGCCGCCGACCACCUUCGUCGAAGACUCGCGAGGAUACAAGCGCCGCACGCGGCCAUCCGCGACAUCGUCAGGGACUGCGUCGCCAAUUCCACAGAUGAAUGUGCGGAUGGCGACCAAUCACCUCUGAAAGGCCGCAGUUCGGAGUACGCCGCGGCCGAGGUCUACUGGAACCAGGGCGGCGACUACUUCAGUUCGCCGUCGUUUCUGUCGCCCUUCGCCCAGGCCUGUGCGUGUGCGGCGUCUGCUUAUGUGCCUUCGCCUUUGGUUGCCUUGGACCUCUCGACGCCUGCUCGAUGGCGUGGAGGGCUUCUCGUCUCGUCCGCGAGACGCCAUCGACGCGACGCUUGAUGCGACGCUGGACACCUCACACCGCGCAGGCGCGGCCGGCUCGCCGAAGGCCGUGAAAGCGCAGCUGCGCCAGGUCGACGCGCUCCAGCGGGAGUUCCUCGUGUCGCGGCGCGAGGGUGAUUUGAGGAGGACGUGCCUCCACGCCGUGUGCGCCGGCGCCGUGCUCCUGAAGACGUCGGACGCGGACUACGCGGGCGUCAUCAAGGAGCUUUGCGAUAACGGAGCGGACCCGAACGCGAAGGACGUGCUCGGACGGGCGCCGGUUUUUUGUCUGGCGCGGUCGCCGUCUUCUGAGGCCCUCGAGCCCAAGGCCCUCGACCUCCUAGGCAAGUUGGUAGAAAGGGGCGCCGACAUCAACACCGUCGACCGGGCGGGCAUGAACCCGCUAUUUGCGCCCUGCUUCUCCGACGACCUGCGGGCCGUCGACGCUUUAUUAAAGUUGGGCGCGGACCCGCACCGGCCCUUCCUCUUUUUUGAUGCGACCAUGCAGGCGUCGCUGUCCCAAGUGGCCGCGACGAUCCGCAUGGCUCCUCGCGUCAUUCAAGCUCUACGGGACGCGGAGGCUCAACCGUCGGACGACGCCGCGCCUUCGGCGCCGUUGCCGCAAAUGGAAAUUAAAUGUCGGGCCUGCGGCACGAAGCAGGGCCGGUUCCGGAAAUGUUCGAGGUGCAAGGCCGCCCACUACUGCUCCGUUGAGUGCCAGAAGUACGACUGGCAGUUUCAUAAAAGGACGUGCAAGCCGUGCGUCGCGGCGGCGAUGCCGGCGUCCCUUUCUGCUGGCCUGGCGUCGGGGCGGUUUUGAUAAGCUUCUUGUGGUUUUUUGA